CGUCACUUUUAAACCAACCAAAAAAAGAAGGAAAAAAAAAACAGGAAAGCAGAAAGGCCAUUUCACAGCCAUGGCUACUACUUUCUUCUCAACCUUCUUAUCAUCUCCAAUUAUUAACCCUCACAUUUCCAGACCAACCUCCACCCAUUCCUAUCACCACCGCUUCAACAUCAGAUGCAAUGCAACCACCGCUCCAUCACCACUACUUUCACCAGCUGUCCAGACUUUCUGGAAAUGGUUAUCUGAUGAAAAAGUUGUGUCCUCUAAAUCACCCGCUAAGCCCGGUUUAGUCUCCGAAGGACUCGGGUUGGUUGCCGAAAGAGAUAUCGGUCGAAAUGAAGUCGUUUUGGAAAUCCCCAAGAAGUUUUGGAUAAAUCCUGAGACUGUUUCAGCUUCUGAUAUUGGCAGAGUUUGUGAUGGUCUGAAGCCUUGGAUUUCUGUUGCUCUGUUUUUAAUUAGAGAAAAACUGAGACAAGAUGAUUCUGUUUGGAGAAGUUAUAUUAAUAUCCUUCCUGAGUUCACUGAUUCCACUAUCUUCUGGUCAGAAGAGGAACUAAGUGAGAUUGAAGGAACUCAACUAUUGAGCACAACAUUGAGUGUCAAAGAAUAUGUGAAGAAUGAGUUUCUUCAAGUCCAGGACCAAGUUAUUCUUCCCAACAAAAAACUCUUUCCUUUUGACGUUACACUUGAAGACUUUAUUUGGGCUUUUGGGAUAUUGAGAUCGAGAGCAUUCUCACGACUUCGUGGUCAAAAUCUUGUCUUGAUUCCUCUGGCAGACUUGAUCAAUCAUAGCCCCAUUAUAACCACGGAAGAUUAUGCAUACGAAAUCAAAGGGGCUGGCUUGUUCUCCAGGGAUCAAAUAUUUUCAUUGAGAAGUCCCAUAUCGGUCAAGGCUGGUCAGCAGGUCCUGAUCCAAUAUGAUCUGAACAAAAGCAAUGCUGAAUUGGCACUGGACUAUGGAUUUAUAGAAUCAACACCAGACAGAAAUACAUAUACCUUAACGCUGCAAAUAUCAGAUUCAGACCCUUAUUUUGACGAUAAGCUAGAUAUUGCGGAGAGUAAUGGCACAAAGGAAGUUCAAUAUUUUGAUAUCACUUUAGGACGGCCUCUUCCACCUAAGAUGCUACCAUAUUUAAGGCUGGUAGCACUUGGCGGUACUGAUUCUUUUCUACUAGAAUCCAUUUUUAGAAACUCAGUAUGGGAUCACCUUGAACUACCUAUGAGCCGUGACAACGAGGAGGUCAUAUGUCAAGUUGUACGCACUGCCUGCCAGUCUGCUCUUUCUAGCUAUCGGACCACAAUUGAAGAGGAUGAGAAGUUAAAGGGAGGGAAUAUUGAUCCAAGGCUGGCAAUAGCAAUCGGGAUACGAGCUGGGGAAAAGAUGGUGUUGCAACAGAUAGAUGAGAUCUUCAAAGAGAGGGAAAUGGAGUUGGAUGAAUAUGAAUAUUAUCAAGAAAGAAGGCUUAGAGAUCUUGGUUUGGUUGGAGAACAAGGUGAUAUUAUCUUCUGGGAGCCCAAAUGAGGUCUUUGAAAUAGCCAAAAUUAAUGUACAAGUUGGAUUCGGGAAUUUUUAUAGCCAAACUACCAUGAGUGGUUGAGUUCUCAGACAUACAAAAAAGUUAUAUAAAAUGAAGUUAGUGAAA